CCGCGGCUUCCGGCGCGCUGCGCUCGGACGGCAGGGGGCGUGCAUCCGCCGUACCUCGGCCAGCUCGGCACCUUUGGGGGCCUGUGCGGCCCGGUGUGACUGGAAGGAAAAUGGAGCAAGAAGCCUAGCCUGAGGGGUAGCUCUUACCCCUCUGACCGAGGUCCUGCCGCUUUUGCCGCUAGGAGCCUCCUUCUCCUUCGGACCUAGUGAGUUCGAGCGCCCCGGCGGCCUGGGCCCGGCGAGUGGAAUGGUCGCCGAGGCCCAAGGCGUCGGGCUUCCGCGCGCCCCGUGACGGGAACUAGGAAGCCUCGAGGUACGGCUCCCUCACCCACCCCGCCGACUCCAGGCGCGGCAAACCCCAAUUAGUGAGCAGCAGCUGUAUUCACUGGCUGUUUGAGAGAGAGAACCUGUGGUCACCGACCUGUAGCAUUUUCUGCUGAUGUAGGCAAAUGUGCAAUACCAACAUGUCUGUGUCUACUGAUGGUGCUGUAAGCACCUCACAGAUUCCAGCUUCGGAACAAGAGACCCUGGUUAGACCAAAGCCAUUGCUUUUGAAGUUGUUGAAGUCUGUUGGUGCACAGAAGGACACCUAUACUAUGAAAGAGGUUAUAUUUUAUCUUGGCCAGUAUAUUAUGACUAAACGAUUAUAUGAUGAGAAACAACAGCAUAUUGUGUAUUGUUCAAAUGAUCUUCUAGGGGAUUUGUUUGGAGUGCCAAGCUUCUCUGUGAAAGAGCACAGGAAAAUAUAUACAAUGAUUUAUAGAAACUUGGUGAUAGUCAAUCAGCAGGAACCAUCAGAUUCAGGCACAUCUGUGAGUGAAAACAGGUGUCACCUUGAAGGUGGGAGUGUUCAAAAGGACCUUGUGCAAGAGCUACAGGAAGAGAAACCUUCAUCUUCAGAUUUGGUUUCUAGACCAUCUACCUCAUCUAGAAGGAGAGCAGUUAGUGAGACAGAAGAAAAUUCAGAUGAAUUACCUGGUGAACGACAAAGAAAGCGCCACAAAUCUGAUAAUAUUUCCCUUUCCUUUGAUGAAAGCCUUGCUCUGUGUGUAAUAAGGGAGAUAUGUUGUGAAAGAAGCAGUAGCAGUGAAUCGACAGGGACUCCAUCAAAUCCGGAUCUUGAUGCUGGUGUAAGUGAACAUUCAGGUGAUUGGUUGGAUCAGGAUUCAGUUUCAGAUCAAUUCAGUGUAGAAUUUGAAGUUGAGUCUCUGGAUUCAGAAGAUUAUAGCCUUAGUGAAGAAGGACAAGAACUCUCAGAUGAAGAUGAUGAGGUAUAUCGAGUUACUGUGUAUCAGGCAGGGGAGAGUGAUACAGAUUCAUUUGAAGAAGAUCCUGAAAUUUCCUUAGCUGACUAUUGGAAGUGUACUUCAUGCAGUGAAAUGAAUCCUCCCCUUCCACCUCAUUGCAACAGAUGUUGGGCCCUUCGUGAAAAUUGGCUUCCUGAAGAUAAAGGGAAAGAUAAAGGGAAAAUGUCUGAGAAAGCCAAACUAGAAAACUCAGCACAAGUAGAAGAGGGCUUUGAUGUCCCUGACUGUAAGAAAUCUACAGUGAAUGAUUCCAAAGAAUCAUGUGUUGAGGAAAAUGAUGAUAAGAUCACACAAGCCUCCCUAUCCCAAGAAAGUGAGGACUAUUCUCAGCCAUCAACUUCUAAUAGUAUCAUUUAUAGCAGCCAAGAAGAUGUCAAAGAGUUGGAGAGGGAAGAAACACAAGACAAAGAAGAAAGUGUGGAAUCUAGUUUUCCUCUUAAUGCCAUUGAACCUUGUGUGAUUUGCCAAGGUCGACCUAAAAAUGGUUGCAUAGUCCAUGGCAAAACAGGACAUCUUAUGGCAUGCUUUACAUGUGCCAAGAAGCUAAAGAAAAGGAAUAAGCCCUGCCCCGUAUGCAGACAACCAAUUCAAAUGAUUGUGCUAACUUAUUUCCCCUAGUUGAACUACCUAUAAAAGUAGAAUUAUAUAUUUCUAACUAUAUAAGCCCCAAAAUUUAGACAUGAAAUUUAUUUUUAUUUUUUUAGCUGUAUCAAAGCAAGAAAGUAUCUUACUACAUGUAGAUUUCUCCCAAUAGUGAAUAGUUACUUCCUUUUAGGAAAAUGCCCCUUCUGUUGAUAUUUUAUAUUUGGGUUUUAAUGUAAUUUGGAUUGGAUAUAGAGUUCAUCCUUUACCCCUCUACCCCCUUUUUUUUUUUUUUUGGGCUGCACCGCUCUGCAUGUGGAUCUUAGUUCCCCAACCAGGGAUCAAACCUGCGCCCCCUGCAGUGGUAGUACAGUCUUAACCACUGUACCAUCAGGGAAAUUCCUACUGCUCGUUAUUUAAAAUAAUUUCCACUUUCUCUUAAAUGAGAAGUAUCUGACCUUUUAAAAAAUAUGUAAGUAGGACAUUUAAAUGUAACUUAUUCAGUACCUUUCAUGUAAGGAGGAAAAGUUCGUGUGAAAGAUUUAAUAUUUAAAUUUUACAUACUCUUAAACUUUCCAAUCCUUAGUUUCUCUAGUCUUCAGAGCCUCUUAAAAUAAGUCCCCUGCAUAUGAACCUUCAAAUUGCCAACUUUCAAAGAUGCGAAUGUGAGCUGGCAUGUCCAGUCACGAAAGUUCACGUGAGUGGAGUACGUUGUCACGUGCGUGCAUCCCCUACAAAUGGUUGUGCUUUUGUGUACUUUACUGUGUAGAGUACAGUAGUAUAGUAUCUUUAUUUCAAGCCCAGGAUGUCUGGAAGCAAGCAUAAAAGUAGCAGUGAUGUAGCUAAUACUGCUGAUGGAAACAAAAGUGAAAAUAAUUGAGAGUGGAGUGACAAGAGGAAGAAGUAUCAGAAGAACCAAAGAGAUUCACGAUGCAGAAAAUGGCAAGGGUUUUUUCUUUAUUUGAGGAGGCACUGUUAGUUUUUGAGGCACAGGACCCGAACGUAGAGUGGUACACGAAGGUUGCAGCAGCCGUUCAGAAUGCAAUCCAGUGCUACCGUGUUAUCUAUGAGGAGAAAAAAAGAGCUACUAGACAUCAUGGGAUCGGUUUUUCAAGAGGGUAGGUAGAAUUGAAUCCAGCAAGGAACCAGAACCUGUGCCAUCAAUGUCAGGUGUGAGUGAAAUUGCAGCUUGCCCUCCAUCUCCUGUUGCUGACAAUCCUUCAACUCUGUCAUCUCCCACCUCUUCUCCCUGCUUCAGUCAGUAACUCUCCUUGCCUGUUCACUUGAUGCCAGCCCCUGUAUGCCAGCUGUUGUACUGUACUACUGUACUUUUCAAGGUACUGUACUGUAAGAUUAAAAAUGUUUUCUUUA